AUGAGCGGAGCUCGUGUGCUUGCGACGGCGGUGCGCCGGGCGGGCCGGGCGAGGACCGGAGUAGAGGGCGCACGGAGGGCCCUGGUCGGAGGCUCACAUGUUCAAGCCCUACAGAGUUCGCAAUGGCCCGUCGGCCGUAACCCUCCUUCAACCUCCGAGUCCCGCCGAGCGAUUCACACAACCUCGCCGACACAACGAUCCCCGACAUGGCGCACCGAGCCCUCUCAGCCGCCGGCGUCGACGCACAACCCGAAAGACGAGCUCCCGGAACAGCUCCGUGGGGUGAUGCGCAGGCUGGCGCACUCCGUGGUGGUCUGCACGGCGACGGACCGCAAGGGCCAGCCGCGGGGUAUGACCAUGUCGAGCUUCGUGUCGCUGAGCAUGGAGCCCGUGCCGCUGGUGACGUUCAACGUGCGGACUCCCAGCCGGACGUUACAAGCGAUACAAGACGAGGGCGGACUGUUCAAUGUUCACGUCCUGGCGGAGGGCGCAGAGGGCGCGCGGGUCGCGGAGUGGUUUACAAGGGGAAACGCCGCGGGCGAGGGGCUUUUUAGGGAGCUACCAGACGGCGUCGAGGUUUGCGAGGAGGACGGAGAGGCGCCUGUAUUGGAGGGCAAGGGGGUUCUGUAUGUGUUGAAGUGUAAGGUUCUCGGGGAGGGGAUGGUGAGGGUGAGGGACCACGUUGUCAUCGUGGGAGAAGUCGAAGGGGUGCUCAGGGGCGAGGGAGAGGGUUUUGGGCUUGUUUACGCGGAUCGACGGUACAGGACCUUGGGAGAGGUCCUGGUCAAGGGCGAGGAGUGA